AUGGAAGAUAAAGUUUGCAUUAUUACAGGUUCAAAUGACGGAAUUGGAAAGGAAACAGCCAAGGCAAUGGCUAAACAUAUGAUGAAAGUUAUUAUGGCAUGUAGAAAUAUGGAGAAAUGUGAGGCUGCUGCCAAAGAGGUCAGAGCUGCAUCAAAGAAUGACGAUGUCGUUUGUAUGAAGUUGGAUUUGAAUUCAUUGCAAUCAGUGAGAGAAUUCGUACAGAAUUUCAAGGCCAUGAAUCUACCAUUGAACUAUCUGAUCAACAAUGCCGGUAUCUGGACUGGUACUCAUUCCACCACUGAAGACGGUUUCGAGACAAUGUUUGGUGUCAAUCAUCUCGGUCACUUCUUACUCACAAACCUCUUGCUUGACAAACUGGAAGCAAGUACCAACCCACGUAUUGUUGUUGUGGCAUCGCGUUCACAUGCACGUGCCAAUCUUAAUAUCAACAACCUCUCAGUGAGCGCCAAAGAAUACUCUUCAACACCAGACUACGGACGUUCAAAGUUGUGUAAUGUGAUGUUUGCCUAUGAGUUACAACGUCGUCUCGAUGCCAAAGGAUCAAAGAUCGUUGUUAAUUCACUUCAUCCAGGUGUUGUACACACCAAUCUGUUUAACACUUUCCCAAUGCUCGACAAGGUUGUCUUCCCAUUGGCGUCGCUCUUCAUGACCAAAGCAACAGAGUCAGCAGAGGCAAGCGAGGCAUUGGCACUUGGUACAGCUCCACAUCUCCAAGGUGUCAAAGGUAAAUACUUUAGUGUAAAAGAUCAAGUAGAAUCGUCUGCCUUCUCAAAGAAAGUAGAUAUUCAAAGACAACUCUGGGAGAAAUCAUGUGAAAUGAUAAAUAAACUAUUAUAUCGUAUUAAUAUCAAAGAUAAAAAAGGUGGUAAUGAUGGUAUAGGAAAAGCAACAGCUAAAGUUAUAGCUAAACAACCAAUUAAAUUAAUUAUAGCGUGUAGGAAUAUAGAUAAAGCUGCUGAUGCUGUCAAAGAGAUUAAAGAAUAUUCAAACAACGAUGAUGUGCAAUGUUUAAAAUUAGAUUUAGGUUCAUUUCAAUCAAUAAGAGAAUUUGUAGAAAGUUAUAAACAAUUGAAUAUUGGAAAUGUUGAUUAUUUGAUUAAUAAUGCUGGUGUGUACUUUAGUGAUACUGUGCUUACGAGCGAUGGAUUCGAAUCGAUGUUUGGUAUCAAUCAUUUGGGUCAUUUCUUGUUGACCAAUCUACUGUUACCGUUGAUGAGCGACGAUGCGAGAAUAGUGAUGGUGUCGUCACUGGCACAUCAACGUGCAUCACUUAACUUUGACGACAAACACUUUCCACCAAAGAACAACGGAUUCGUUGGCUACGGCCAAUCGAAACUCUGCAACAUAUUGAUGGCAAACGAAUUACAACGAAAACUCGAUGAGCGAGGUUCAUCGAUCGUAGUGAAUUCACUGCACCCAGGAACCGUACAUACCAGCUUCCUCAAAGGAUUAAAGAUAAUAGAUCGGUUCCUCUGGCCAAUCUUUUCUAGAUUCCUGACAAAAGUAGAAGAUUCAGGAAAUGCAGUGGCCAACCUGGCACUCGGCGAACUUCUAAUAUAUAAAGAUAAGAAAGCAAUCUAUUUCGACUUGACAAAACCCAGCAAAUCCAAUACAUUCUCUCAGCAACCAAAGAAUUCAAAAGAACUCUGGUUGAAAUCUUCAGCACUAGUUCAAUGUUCACCGGAAAUUACACUAAAUUCAACAACAGGAGCAGAUGUAACAACAACAACAAUAACAAUACCGACAACAAUAUCAACAACAACAACGACAACAGUAUCAACAGAUAGUAGUAGUCCGACUACUCCAAAUACAACUUUAUAG